UACCUUUUCAAGUCUAUCUCACUCUGUCUCUCUCACUUCCUUACUAUUCUUCGUCGUCGUCUUCGUCGUCUCCAACGAUCUGUUCCUGUUCGCAGACCAAGCGCCGUGUUACAUCCCGCGCAUCUACUUUGUAUACAGGACGGCGACCAUCAAUCUCCGGCUUUGCUCUUAUAUGGCACCCCUUGCUUCGUCAACCACAAUUCCACGCCUUGCACCUUGAGCUGAGAGCCAGCACACUCACGCCAACCCUUGCCGCCUCGGAAGUGCCGUUCAGCCCUUUUCGAUCGCCCUGUUUCAAACACAAGGGAAAAGAAGAAGAAAACAUAUACUAUAUAUAGUUCAUCAGAAUGGCUGCACAAACUUCCACCUCUGCUGCCUCCUCUCUUCCCCCUUACUCCACGCCAACCAUUGUGCAGGGUGGACGGGUUGUCUAUGAGUACGAAGUGCCCGUCUCCCUACCCCACGCAUCCAUGGGAGGAGACCAUCUCUAUCAGCCAAUCGACCCGUUGCUACGAGAGUCGACAGAUGGUGGCCAGCAGCUCUGGGGAGUGCAGGACAUGUCCUACUAUCAGCAACCAUCCAGCGAUGCUUGUCUCGACCCCAGUCUUGCGCCCGGCGCCGCGAGCCUCUAUCAGCCAGCAGUCGGGCGAAAUGACUCGCCCUUCUCCUUUCAGCCUUCGCCGGCCUUCAGCUUGAUUGAAAGCCCGUCGAUUGGCAGCGAUGCCAACUAUGAGAUUGUGGACCCAGCUACGCCGCCGGACGCGCAUCUCUCGCUCGGAAACUCAUACGACUCUGACUACUCCUACGACUCCAACGUGGAUCAGUCAGACGCCAGCUUCUACCCAGACUCAUCGUACUAUGGCGGCAUGGACAUGGUCACGCUCAAUGGCCCAUACGUGUUCGGUUCAGCCCCCAACGGCAGCCCCCUGAUGCCCGCUGGCAACGCAUUCAAUGGUCACAUGGGCUCUUUCUCGACCACUCUUCCUUACGUCAACUCAGGCAGACACAUCAAAGAAGAGAGCCUGUCAUCGAGUGCGGACGAAAAGGUCUCCAUCGCCAAACCCGCAAAAAGGCAUCCGUAUAGCUCUCGAAGCGACUUGGAGCCCGUCUCCAACAAGCGAGCCUCUCCCGACAACGAAUGUUCGUCGCAGGGCGACAAGAGGCGCAAGACUCACAUCACCAACAAGCGGUUCUGCCACAAGUGCAAGAAGAACUUCCAAAGCCGAACGACGCUCGAGGAGCACACGAACCUUGAGCACCCUCGACCCUACAUCUGCGUCUUCCACUACGCCGGCUGCACCGCUAGGUUCGAUGCAAAGAACGAGUGGAAGCGGCACGUCAGCACGAAGCAUCUCGGCCUGAGGUACUGGGUCUGCACCGAGGGCAAGUGCGCCGAGGAGCGGCAGUCAGCCUGCCAGCGAUACGCGGGCCUGCCUAUGUUCGGCAACAUCUUCAACCGCAAGGAUCUAUACACGCAGCACAUCCGACGGAUGCACGCCACAAUCACUGGCCAGAACACGACGGACUACAAGGGGGCGGACGCGCGAUCCGACUGCAUGGUCAAGAAGAUGCAGGAGGAUGCCCUGCGCAUCCGGUGCAGGCUCCCGACCUGGAUGCCUUGCCCCGUGCAGUCGUGCGACAAGACCUUUACCGGCGCAAACGCCUGGGAUGAGCGGAUGGAGCACGUGGCCCAGCAGCACUUUGACAACGCAGCUGCCGGCAGGGAGCCUCCGGUUGAGUUUGGCGGUCCCCAUGACACCGUUCUCACCGAGUGGGCUCAGCGCCCCGACAUCCGCAUCGUCAAGAAGACGGAGACGGGCUGGGAGCUCUGCGACCCCCUUAAAGGUGACACUGAGUAUAGAAUGGCCACUCCUGAUGACGAGGAGUAGUCUGGUUCCCUAUGUUUCUUUGUCUUCUCCUUGUGUGUUAUUGGGAUAAAAAAUCUGGAUUUGAGAUUGUUCAACUACCUAUUUCCUUCAGUCUAUUGUUUGGUUUUGGUGGUUUUGAUUUGCUUGGUAGAGUUUGGGUAUACACCUUGUUGGUACGGACUAUGGGAUUCUGGCACGCUGCCCUUCUUUACUGUAUCGUUUUCCAUUUGUUACAUUGUAAUUUUUUUUCCUAAAUUUCUCCUGUUCGUCUUGAAUCUACACACGUGCUCCCACGAAGCUUCUGAAACUCUUUCAAAAAAACAUGGGA